AUGGAAAGUCCAAGAGGCUAUGAGAAGACCAACCAAUUCCUACAGGAGGGACACAUCUGGGGCUCCAUGAGGAGGACAGCUCUCAUCCUGGGCUCUGGGCUGCUCUUGUUGGUGGCCUUCUGGAACUCAGUUACAUGGCAUCUUCAAAGAUUUGUGGGUACUUCCGGCUACUUCUGGCAGACCCAGUGGGAGAAACUACUGUCUACAUUUGAAGGCAAUGAGUGGCUCCUCUUCAUUUUAGGUGUUGUCCUCGUGCCAGCGCUGUGCUUCUGGGGCUUCAAUGGCCUUCUACUGCUGGUGGACACAACGGAAAAACCCACCUUCAUCUCCCGCUACCGCAUCCAACGUGGCAACAAUGAGCCGGUAGACCCUGUGAAGCUGCGUCAGUCUAUCCGUACAGUUAUCUUCAACCAGAGCGUCAUCUCUUUCCCCAUGCUGGUCAUCUACUAUCCUUUCUUAAAGUGGAGGAGAGACCCCUGUAGUCGAGAGCUGCCUACCUUCCACUGGUUCCUGGUGGAGCUGGCCUUUUUCACCCUUGUGGAAGAAAUCUUGUUCUACUACUUACAUCGGCUCUUCCAUCACCCAAAGUUGUUCAAAAAAAUUCACAGGAAACAUCAUGAAUGGACAGCACCCGUUGGUGUGGUCUCAAUCUAUGCCGAUCCUAUAGAACACAUGGUUGCCAACAUGUUGCCAGUUAUGGUGGGUCCUCUAGCAAUGGGCUCUCACUUGUCCUCCAUCACUGCGUGGCUAUCCCUGGUUCUCAUCAUCAGCACGCUCACCCACUGUGGCUACCACUUGCCCUUCCUGCCUUUGCCUGAGUUACAUGAAUACCACCAUCUCAAGUUCAACGAGUGCUAUGGAAUACUGGGUGUGCUGGACCACCUGCAUGGGACUGAUGUCACGUUUAAGAAGACCAAAGCUUAUGAGAGACAUGUGGUCCUGUUGGGCUUCACUCCACUCUCAGAAAGCAUCCCUGAUCCUCCAAAGACAGGGAGUGUGUGCACUUAG